GAAUGAAAGGCUCAACGCUGCCAAGCCUCGCCUCUCAAUCUGGUCUGAAACAUGCCUGCAAGCGCAGUUGACCAGUCGCCCUCUGACCGACGCCUCGACCAAGGACUUCUGGCCUGCACCUUUGUUGUAAGAGAAGGGCGACGUGCAAUUCCAGUUUCCAGGGGACUGGCCUGCAAUGUGCCUGGUACUCGAUACAGCCAGAUCUCAGCGGGUCUGUCUUUGGGGAAUACCUACCAACCUUCUCAGCAGUACAGGAGGUCGAAUGAAUGCCCUCCUAUCUGAAUUCCUUGUAUGUAUAUCUGUGUCGCGUCAGAAGUGUGGAACGUGUUCGGGCCGGUCCCUCCUGAUGUGCGAAAUAGCCGGCAGCGUCUUCCGAAGUUGACGACAUUGAUCGCAACAUCGCCCUUUCACAGCGAGAGAAGGUAAGAAGAACGCUCCUCUAUACUAGGUAGUUGUUGUAAGAUACACUCCGGACCAUCAACGUGGGCACAUCCGUUAUUACAGGCAGCAAAGGUCGGUCUCGAAACCGCUCGUCCCAACAAUAUACCAAAAGAUCGACACAACAAGAAAUCCCUCAGGAACCAGGCCAACAUGCCAUUUGCGACCAUCAACGGGCACUCGCUGCACUACACAGAUAUCGCUCCAGCGUCAUCGUCGUCCCAGCCUCCGUCACCACACACUCUGAUCUUCGUGCACGGGCUCGGGUCAACGCAGAAUUACUACUUCCCCGUCUUCCCCUUCCUCACCUCCUACCGAUGCAUCAUCUUCGAUAAUUACGGCGCCGGACGCUCGGCCUUUCAGGCUGGGACAGAAACCUCGAUUCCGUCCAUUGCCAGCGACGUCCUGGGCCUCCUCUCUCAUCUCGGGGUCGAAAAGGCCGCCGUCCUAGGCUACUCGAUGGGCGGCAUGGUGCCGACGUACCUGGCCUCGACGUCCCCCGGCCGCGUCGUGGCAGGGAUAUGCAUCGGGCCCGUCCACCCGAGCGAAACCGUGGCGAACGUCUUCAAACAGCGUAUCCCCACGGUGCAGUCCCAAGGCAUGGAAGCCAUGGCCAACACCAUCCCCAACGGCGCCACGGGGCCGGGGACCACGGCCUUGCAAAAGGCCUUCAUCCGGGAAAUGCUCCUCGCGCAAUCUCCAGAGGGAUACUGCGCGAAUUGUCGCGCCAUCGAACUCGCCACCCCGCCAGAGUAUGCCAAGGUCAAAUGCCCAGUGUUGAUUAUAGCAGGGGAUCAGGAUAAGUCCGCCCCGUUGGCUGGCUGUGAGAUGAUUUUCAAGGAACUGGGCACGGCUCCGGAGAGGAAGCGGUUGGAGGUGCUGAAGGGGAUUGGGCACUGGCAUUGCGUUGAGGCACCAGACGAGGUUGGCCGGUUGAUCAGAGAGUUCGUGGAGCAAUUAUAAAACAAGGACUUCGAUGUCGCGCUAUGGAUGAGAUGAAUACGGAUCAAGUCCUGCUAACAAAACUACCUCCAAACAUUACCAUUGGAAGCUAGCCUCUCACUGCAGCAUCUGACCAGUGGACAACCGGCUGAAGAUAUUUGAUUCUCGACAUAACUAAUAUGUUUCGAAGAGAGAAUUCGGUCAACUGUUGUACUUAUAUUGUCCCACGACUCCUGUGCGUUCCACUCCGCCUGAUAGAGCAUUUGUUAACAUGAACAUCAAACAC